CCGGUAUCCAGCCGUGCUAGUAUGACAGCUGAUGCGCAAGACCAGGGUCAGGAACAUGGGGCUGUGCGACAGACAUAAGAAUGUCUGGAAAAGACUAAUUCUCAUGGUCAGCAUACAUAAACGAAUGGAGUCCUUUUAUCUUCAUCGCAUUCUAUCUGACGCUGAUAAUGCUCUUUCACUCCUUUGACCACAGGACAUACUACUAUCCAAGACAGGUUCCAAGGACUUCAUUCGAGCCUGGCUGCGGCCACACUGUUCUUCACCAGGUGGCAAGCAGGGCGUAUUGUCAGCACAGGUAUGCCAGCAAACAUGAACACAGCCAAGGAACCAAGAUCGAAAUCACCGACGUAUUCGCAUUUGCUGUAUAUCUCCGACGCUGAACGACAAGUCUACACAACCUCUUCUUCGCCGUCACUUCGAUCAUCACAUUCAAUGCGGUCAAAUCGCUCUGCAUCAUCUCGAUCCACAACAUCCACCCGAGGCACGUCGAGAAUGAGCAUAAAUGCUCCACGCUUCGCCGACGACCACUAUCCGCUGAUCACCACCAUUCACCCAGAGACUGUGCCUGAGUGUGUACCAAAGGCCCAUGCAGCGCUUUGGUGUGCACGACAGAUGGCCCAGAUCCACAACACCAUCAUCAGGGCACUGAAUUCAUCCUGGAACCAUGCGGUCUCCAUCCAGCCUUCGACCCAGGAAGCUGCAGACUUUCUCUUUUUCAACCAGCAAAUCUGCUCCACGCUGGAACACCACCACAAAGCCGAAGACGACUAUUUGUUCCCCACGAUUGAAAAGAUGCUCAACCGUCCUGGCGCCAUGGAAGGAAACUCCAAAGGUCAUGAAUCUUUCGUAGAAGGUCUGGCCAUCUAUCAGAAAUACGUUUUCCUCACCAAACCAUCCGAGUACAAUGGCGUCACACUCAGACACAUCAUCGAGUCCUUCGCGCCAGACAUGAUCCAGCAUUUGCACGACGAAAUUCCAACAUUGGUGAGCCUGCAUAAGCUUGACUCCAAGGCCUUGAUGAAGGUCUGGAAGCACGCUGAGCAUCUCGCCACCAUGGAUACGGACCUAUAUGCCGUUGCGCCGUGGAUGCUUGGGUGCCAGGACAAGUCGUUCACAAUCGAUGGGCAUAGGCCCGAUUUUCCGGAGAUACCUUGGAUUCUCGAGGUGGUCGCACGCAGCUGGUUUGCUAGAAGAUAUGCCGGUGCGUGGAAGUUUUGUCCUAGCGACUUGAGUGGUCGGAGGCGGCAGAUCACUGUUGAGAGUUCCGCCUGAGCGAUAUCAUGACUUUGACGACUUUGUUUCCCUGGCUGGGAAUCUCUUUUCCCUUUGUGUGAGCGUUCGAGCAAGCUUUUUCUUGUUUUUUGAUUGAGCAGGUUGGAACGGUAUCGAUGAAUUGCGAGAAACUGGGCAGAGCUUUCCCAUGUAUUAUAUUUUUGUCCUUGAGUGUCAAGGCAUGGUCGUGUUCUUCUCCUUGAUCAGUUCUGGGAACAGGACUAGCAAUUCUCGCAGAUGGCUGAUUUGGUAUUUGCUUGCUUUCUGGGGUGGAUCAGGAACAGUAGGCUCGACGAAAUGGACUGUGUUGGUCCAGCCUCGUUCAUACGCCGCUUGACAGUUUAAGAAAGAAUCAUCCACGUAGUAGAUUUGAGUGUCGUUUGUCGCUCCGGCUUCACGGAGGGCCUUUUCGUACAUUUGUGGCAGUGGUUUCGGGACCAAAGGUGUUUGUGAGUAGUCGCAGUAUGUGAUGCCCUCGAAGAGAUCUUCGAUGCCGAGCAAUUUGACGACUCGCCGGCCAUGGGUGAUGUGGGCGUUGGUGAAGAGCCACAUCUUCACCUUGGUCUUGUCGAAGGACUCGAGAAUCUUGCGGGUUUCCGGGUCGGGAAAGAGCAGCUCAUCGAGAGGGAGGGCGUCGUCGACUUCGCGGUUGAAAUCUAGCGGGUCGACUUUGUGGUGGCGGGACAGGCCUUCAAUGGCGAGGCCGUAGUCCUUGUAGUAUUGCUGGUGGAGGCGGGUGGCUUCUUCGGUCGAGACAUCGAGGUGUUUGAUGAAGUAUUCGUUGAUUAGGACGGCCAUGUGGUCGUGCACAUUGUGGCUCUUGGGGUAGAGACAGUUGUCUAUGUCGAAGAAAAAGAUUGCUCGAUUGUCUGUCGGGCUGUGGUCGAUGGAGCCCAUCAUGGAAGUAGAUUCGAAGGAUCGAUACCUUACGAUAGGAGAUGUUUGAGACUGGGAAAAGAAUGGGCUUAAUUGACAGCAAGUAGCUUUUGACGCUCUAAUAUAGCCAAGAUCCAGUUCGC